GCCACACAAAUCAUUUUUAUUCUGCAUCAAGCGAACGUCAUCAUCUUCCACUGAGGAAAAGGAGGAGGAAGAAGCAAGCAAUGGAUUGUAUCGUCUCCAGCUCGACGGUUCUUAUCCGAUCACAUCUCACUCCAAUUCGCUCAGCUUCCUCCGUAUCCGCCAAACCUCUCAGCUCAGCACAAGUCGCGUCCUUCGCGGCUAACCGCCACAUACUCUCGUUCAAGUCUGAUCUCAAAAGAAUCAGAACACUCUCCACCAACGCUUCGAGUUCUACGAUAAGAUGCGGUGGAAUCAAAGAGAUCGGAGAGAGUGAGUUUACCAGUACGGUUCUUGAAUCGGACCGGCCGGUUCUGGUUAAUUUCGUCGCCACGUGGUGCGGUCCCUGCAAGUUGGUCUAUCCAGCCACGGAAGCUUUAUCUCAGGAGUAUGGUGACAGGUUGACGAUUGUGAAGAUUGAUCACGACGCGAAUCCUAAUUUAAUAGCAGAGUACAAGGUUUAUGGUUUACCGCAUUUUAUACUCUUUAAGGAUGGUAAGGAGGUUGCAGGUAGCAGAAGGGAAGGUGCGAUUACUAAAGCUAAGCUUAAGGAGUACAUUGAUGGUCUCUUGACCUCUAUAUCCGUUGCUUAAUCGUCACUCUCUGUUUCUCUCCGCUUGUAUUUUCUCAUUCCUCGACGACACUGUUUGUUAUGUAAACACAUUCUCUUGAGUUGUGGUCUUCAUCAACCGUUUUGUUACUAAAGGUGUAAAUCUAGCAACAGAUUAUUCUUAAUACAGGACUUUGAGGUUUGUGCA